UUCUUGGGCUGUUUGGAGCCGGUUAUUUCAUGGGGGAGUCAACCCAGGAAGAUUCUGAUGAGACAUGGGGAAGAAUUCUCAGAGCCAUGAAAAGCCAGGAGCAGACCCAGGAACAUCUGGAUGGGGACGGACGUGCAGAGACUCUGAGAUGGGUGGAAGCUGGUCCUGCUCCCUUUCCAAGAUGCUGUUUUGGCACAAUCAGCCAGAGCACCUAUGGCCCAGUCCUGGGGAACUGUACCCCGGGCCUACAAGCAGCUUGCUCAGGGAGUCCCUGCCCUUGCCCUACCUGAAGCAGGAGGAGCUGCCCAACAUCCCCAGUGAGGAGCCUCCCUGCCCCGCAUUGCAGUACGUGCUCUGUGCAGCCACCUCACCGGCUGUGAAGCAACAGGAGGAGGCCCUCACCUACCUAAACCAGGGCCAGUCCUAUGAGGUGCAGAUGCUCUGCAACUCCAAGCUGGGUGAUGCCACCCAGUGGCCCCGGCUGCUGAAGAGUGUGGUGCGCGUGGUGUUCCAUGACCGACGCCUGCAGUACACGGAGCAGCAGCAGCUGGAUGGGUGGAGGUGGAGCCGGCCUGGGGACCGCAUCCUGGACAUCGAUGUACCACUGUCUGUGGGGGUGAUAGAACCCCAAGUGCUGCCCUCACAACUCAAUACAGUGGAGUUUCAUUGGGACCCGACCAAAAGGACCUCCCUCUUCCUGCAGGUUCACUGCAUCAGCACUGAGUUCACUCCUCGGAAAAAAGGUGGAGAGAAAGGCGUCCCCUUCCGCCUCCAGAUUGACACUUUCAAGCCCAGUGACAAAGAGCUUCCACCUGAACACCUGCAUUCAGCUGGCUGCCUCAUCAAGGUGUUCAAGCCCAAAGGAGCUGACCGGAAACUGAAAACUGACCGGGAGAAGAUUGAGAGACAGCCCCUGCAUGAGAGAGACAAGUACCAGACGGCCUGUGAGAGCACGGUCUUCGUGGAGUGUUCACCGUGGCCAGAGCCCAGUGCAGGGUCCUAUCUGCCUCUCAGCCCUCUGGCUUUGACCUCCCCCCACUCCUGCAAGCUUCUGUCCCCGGAGAGGCUCUGCUACUCACCACCAUUCCUCUUGGACACCUUGGGGGGCAGCCCAGCUGAGGAUCUGAACCCAGGAGCCUCCAUCCUAGAGACGCAGCAGUGGUUGCAUCGGCACCGGUUCUCCAGCUACUGCAGGAUGUUGGCCAAUUUCACUGGCACUGAUCUGCUGAAGCUUACCCGCCAGGACCUUAUCCAGAUCUGCGGAGCUGCUGAUGGGAUCCGCCUUUUCAAUACUCUUAGAGCCAGGCCCAUCCGUCACCGGCUGACUUUAUAUGUGGCUCAGGAGGCCUCUAGGCAAGAGAACGAGGUUCCUAAGAACCCUGACUCAGGCUUUUAUCAAGAGAUCUCUCUGGAUGAACUCAGUGCCCUAGAGCUGAUGGGGAAACUGGCAGAGCUCUUGGCCCUCCCAGCCAAUCAGAUCCACCACCUCUUCCACCAGGGCCCUGGGGGCAUCCUCAUUCUCCUCAGCGAUCAGGUGGUUCAGAAUCUUAAGGACGAAUCCCACUUCGUGGCUGUGGUGAAGAAAGUGCAGAAUCCAGAUGGCUACUACCUGGUUCUGACCUAGGCCCAGGGGUGCCCGGCUGCAAGGAGGCGGAGACUGCUGCGUGUGGUUCACCAGAAGCCCUGCUCAAGUCCUCAAUGCUUCACCAGACUCCAAAUGACGAGCCAAACUGUCAUGUGUCCUUCCCCUGGAGGCAAGCAGCCCCCAGGCUCACAUUUCUUUCUGCUCAGCAGCAAUGGUUGUUAGAACCCGGGACACAGCCUCCCAAGCAGAGCUGAGCUGGCCAAGCCUGUGAGGCAAAAAAACCUGGCAAUAUGCUUAAGGAGCUUUUGCCCCAAGCAGUGUUGCUGAACAGAGUGCAUUAAUUCGUGUUUAAAAUUUUACUUACCCCUUCCUUUUUGUUAAUUAAAGUUAAUUUUAAAAGGAAUACUUAAUGCUUGUUCAAUUUUCUUGUUAUUAUGGUCCUCUUGAGAAAUGUCCUCUGCUUCAACUACAGACUAGGGCGAAGGAUGGAGUCUGGGACAGAAGAAAUAAAUGAACUGGCUGGAUUUUUUUUCAGUUAGUUCAGGCAAAAAGUAUCCACUAAAGCCUCCAAAAGACCAUUCAACUAUCAAAUCAAUGUGCUUAUUUAAAGAUUUGGGAAAUACUAUAGCUAUUUUUGAACACUGAGGCUAUGGGGUUUUAAAAAUGUAGUUGAAUUUAUUAAUCUUUUAAUUUUUAGGUCUUAAAUCUUU